AUGUGGACCAACGAUCAAUUGCACUUAUUAAUUGCUGAAAGAAGAAAUAGAAAUGCUGAGUAUCACAAUAUUCCUGGAAGUAGUAGGGUGAGUUUUUGGAAUAAUAUUGUGAAUAUAAUUAAUGAGAGAUUUA